CCAUCUUGUAGCAUCUGCUUCGUAUCGUCAAAGCUCCCUGCCUCUCGUACCAAUAGCUCGAAUCGCCGCUUUACAACUAUCACUCUACAGCCAAGACACACCCGGGAACCAUGGCUGACGACGAAUACGAUGGCGCCGAUAACCGAAAUGGGGACUAUGAGGAUUUUGUAGAUGAGCCUGCUGCCGAAGAACUCGCAGAAGAAGAGGGAGACGGGUUCGACGAGCCCGAUGCGGUGAACGCCGAUGGGGAUCAACAUAUGGGUGGAGUGGAUGAGGAUGCCGAGGGUGAACAGGGGGCAGCAAGCGUCCGAACCGGCAAGGAGAGCAUGGCGAAUGCCGACCGGGUGACCACGCCCUACCUGACCAAGUAUGAACGGGCGAGGAUCUUGGGUACUCGGGCUUUGCAGAUCAGUAUGAACGCCCCCGUACUCGUGCAGCUGGAAGGAGAGACGGACCCAUUGGAGAUUGCCAAGAAGGAACUGCGGUUCAAGAAGAUCCCGCUCGUGAUCAGGCGUUAUCUUCCAGACAACUCGUACGAGGAAUGGAAGGUCUCGGAGCUCAUUAUCAACGGGGACUAGACUCGCCGGCCUCUUUUCAUCCUUUUCUUUACGACCCAUCAGCAAUAUCACAUACGCCAUACAUCAUCUUUCGGUUUUACUCUUUCUGUUCCGUCCUGUCCUGGGUCUACCAUGUUGUCAUCUACAUCUAUGCGAGCGAGCGAUCCGGCGUUCUUGCUUCGUUUCGAACAAAAAAAAAACAUUUAACAGAGGUUUCUCGCUCGCAAACCGCUUUGUGUCACUAUCGCCGUCGACGGUUGCACACCUAGCUAGAUCAUCAACCCUUGAUGAGGUUGAUACGCUGAUUAUGAAGAGGUGAAAGCUCUGGUUGAAUGAGUGAGAUUCGAUUGCACCUGUUAAAGCCGGCGGGAUGGAACGCUCGGGUCGAUCGGAACCGAGCAUUCCACGCGAUCUCCCUUU